AUGUCUGCAUUCCAGGCCGUCAACACAACGCUGACUGUUCCGGAGGCGCCAUCCGCGCGUGGCGGCGAAGAAACGACACCGACAACACCGCGGCCGAACAGCAGGUUCUUUCCCGAGACCAAGGCUGUUGAGGAUGUUCGCACCGAGGACCCGUCUGUCAAGACACCGACGCGCAACAGCUUUGCCGGGUUAGCGGGCCAGAAACCGCUGCCUUCUUCACCAUUCACGUCUUCACGCGACCUGAGCGAGACACCUUCGAACAAGAGCGAGCUGAGCCGCGGAAAUUCGCACAGGUCUGCCCAGUCUGUGGCUUCGCAACGCGAUGUGGAGAUGGGAGAAGGUGACGACGAGGAGAAGGAUGGAUCAGACAACGAGAGCGUCACAAGCGACACGAACAGGCCGUCCAAGAAGAAGAAGGGACAGCGCUUCUUCUGCACAGAGUUUCCGCCCUGCAACUUGAGCUUCACGAGAAGCGAACAUCUGGCGAGGCACAUUCGGUGA